AUGAACCAGUCUGAUUCACCAGCUAGAUGGGCCACGGGCACCCCCGGCGCCCGCCCCUCACCCCUCCGCGGCCGGGGCAAGCGCCUGCCCCCCGGGCGGCGGAGGGCGCUGCCGCCGGCCCUGCUCCGCUCCCUCACAGCCACGGCGGCCGGGCGCGCUCCGCACCCGCACGGCCUCCAGCAGCGCCUCGGCGCCAAACAGCCCGGCCCGGGGCUGUGGAGGGAGGCAGGGGCGGCCGCCGCCGCCGCCACCUCCUCCUCCUCCUCAUCUCCCCCGCCGCUGAGAUUUACCUGGCCGGGGAGCCUGCGCUGCCCGGACCUGCCCCCACCAGCACUGCGCUUCCCGACGCUGCCGGCGACAAGGGUGAAGGGCCACCGAGCCGGAGCCCUCGCCCCUCACCCUCCACCUGGCCAGGCGGCAGCCGCUACACCUCUCCAGCUCCCUCAGAGCCUGGCGCUGGAGGCCGCCAUCUUAGCUCCGGCAGCAAGACCGCCCUCUCCACGCAGCCGCCGUCAAGCCCGGGGCCGUCACGGGACGCGGUCAGCUGAUAUACGGCUUCCCUCCCCCACCUCCCGCUGCCGCGCCGGCACGCGGAGCCGCCUCCCCUUCGUCCUCCCGCCCGUUGCCUCCUCCUCCUCCUCCUCCUCCUCCUCCUCCUCCUCCUCCUCCUCCUCCUCCUCCUCCUCCUCCGCCCUGCCCUGCCGGGAACGGGAGGGGGGCGCGCAGGGUGGCUCCAUGCGCAAAGCCGCUGGGGUGCAAAGUCCCCCCCUCCCUUCCCCGUCACCUCAGGCCUUGGGGGGCGGCGGGCUCGGAGGAGAGGGUGAGGGGGAAGGUUGCGGCUGCGGGGCUGGGUGAGGCGGGUUGGGGCGGGCGGGGGGUUGCCCGGCGCCGCUCGUUUUUGUGCUCUGUUCUCUUUUAACAGAGUUUAGCCUGCUGGUUUAGACUAGAUCAACUAGUUUGGGGCUAGUUGGUAGUUUCCCAAGUGGCCAGCUCCUGGAGUCUUGUGGCUCUGUGAGUUUGUGGAUGUGGACAGCUGCGACACUGCCGGUUUCCCGCUCCUUCAGCAUCCCGGUACUGCAUUUAUGAGGCUUGGUACUGGUUUCAUGCUCAUCACAGAAGUAUGUAGCAAACGAGAGGUCGCCAAAUAACAAUAAUAUUUUGAUGCCUAAUUAUAGAACUCGGCUGGCAGGUGAUAACAGAAAGAUUUUCAAAGGGACAAGGAGGAGGUGCCAAAAUACAGGUUACACAGAGGACCUUCUGGGGAUCAAACCGACAUUACUGGAUCAGUCUUUGUUCUGCUCUUUGUUAUCCCAAAGGUGCAUUAAGACUAUGCUGACAAUUUGCCAGCAGUUCAAAGCUCACAUCAAGUUUUUAGGUAUCUUGACACAUUUUGUCUAAGAAUAAAUGCAGAUAAUAUUGAUAAUUUAUCUUCUCUGGGAGAUUAAUUAAAAAGUAACUUCUGGAUGCUCCCUUUUAAUAAUUCUAUAUUUCCUGAUAGACUCAUUAAAUGGUAACUUGUUUGUUAUCUCAGCUAAUAGCUUGAUAAUAACUGCAGCCUAAGCUAAUUAGCUUCAUGAUACUGUUACCGAAUUUUGUUGAAUUAUUAAUAAGGAGCGUCUUCAACACAGUGAUUCAUGCUGAACUCUAUUCAUAUUCGUAGCAUUCCUUUUGGCUACAAUAAGCCCUUCUCUUCGGACAAUCCUUCCAUUUCAGCAUUGGCAUAUAUGCAGUAAAUACUGCCGUAUUAACUUCCCUGUAUAACUCGGUCCUUUUGGUGUAUCUUGUGAAGAUAAUCUACAGAUUGUCUUUCAACUCUUUUACUUUUCAAUAAAUAGGUUUCAAUAUUA